AGGUGGACACACCUUCGUUACAACACGUGGAGGAGCUCAGUGCAGUGUUUGUGCAGCAGCUCUUCUGCUUGUGUCAUAGCUGUGGAGCUGUAGCUAGCUUUAGCCUCUCUCCGACUGCAGCCCUCUAGUCUACUGAAGGAGCAAUGGACGCUCUGCACGCUCACCGACAACCAGGUCAUGAGAUAUUCCACAAGGCUUCUCUGUCCCUUCCCAGCUCCUCCAAACAGAAGAGAAGACCAACACUUGGGAAAACAAUAUCCAGCAGCAGCUCAAAGUCUCUAGCUAAGUCUCGAGAGGUACUGGCUGUGUUGAGAAGCAAGGAUAAUGUGCAGAGCAAGAGUAAAGCAAAGUCUCUCAAGCCAACAAAGAAGUUGCUGCCAGGACAGCGGGACAUGCUCAACAGUGACUUGCAACGUGUCCUUGGUCACCCUCUCACUGACACCGGCACCCAAGAGGCUAGUCAACUCCCACCCAUCACCCCUCAGGCAAUGCCACCAUCUGAUAUCAUUCCUCUGAGGCAUAUCAGUAGCAAUCUCUCUGGGGGACUAGCUACUAACUCUACCUUCCCUAACUCAAACUACCUCUAUUCAGCAAAGGCUGAAAUACGAAAGAUCAUGAAACAAAGCAAUACGGACAUGUACACUCAACUUAGGACCUGCUUUGUUGACCCUAUUGAGAGUAGCCGUCCACUUUAUUAUCGUCUGCUCAAUGGAGAACAUCUCUUGCAGACAACGGAUGAGCUAGACACUGUUCUGGAGGAGCAGUUCCUCAUAGGGCCUAUGGCAAUGGACGAUUCUUCCCCACCGUUUAUGCUUGACUCUCUGAACCUGGAGACAGCCUCUGAUGACUCAAACCCUGACUUCACUGCACUAGAGGAACCACCCAGUGACCUCCUUGACCUCAUGGAUGGAGAGCACGGCUGGAGCCCUGUCAAGAGACCAAAGCUAUUCCCUCAAAAACUAUACUAACACUAAAUUCGUGUGGUGUUGAUUACACCAAUCAAUCAACCAAGAAUCAUUCUGUGUUCAUGUACGUCCAAUAUCUCACUUGCAUUCAAAAUUAACUUCUCAACUGAUUUCAUAAUUAUUUCGUUAAAAUA